AUGAUAACCACGAUUCUCUCACUACUUGCCCUUGCGCUAUCGACAUUAGCAUGGGAUGUAGCCUAUUUCCCGACCGCGCACAAAAUCGGCCACACUUACACCGGCUCCGGAUCCCAGCACUGUCGAUCUGUAUCUUUUCCAAAGGGUGGCUUCGUGAUGGCGCGGAAAUUGGCGGAAUACGAGGACGUUAUUGCUUUCGAUGAUGAUAUGUGCACUGGGAAAAAUGUUCCGUUGAAUUCUGUGUAUAAUGAUCAGCCUUUGCCGGUUGAAGUUAAGAGCUUUGUUGUGGUUGAUUUGAGGAGGAUGGAUGAUGAGGCAAUUUGA